AUGGCAGCAAGUGGAAGAUUGAACAAAGAAUUGGCCGAGGUUGGCAAGGAUGAUAAGACGUCUGGUGUCAAGGCAGUUGCAGUUACGCCUGGAAAUCUUCGAGAAUUGAAAGGAACGAUAUUGGGACCGGAAGGAACCUGCUACGAAGGUGGCGUGUUUGAAAUUGACAUUACCAUUCCCAAGCAAUAUCCUUUUGAGCCACCGAAAAUGAAAUUUACAACCAAGAUUUGGCAUCCAAAUAUUUCCUCACAAACUGGCGCGAUUUGUUUGGAUAUUCUGAAAGAUCAAUGGAGCCCGGCGUUGACAAUUAAGACGGCUCUUCUAUCACUUCAAGCAUUGAUGUGCUCUCCAGAGCCCGGUGAUCCACAAGAUGCUGAAGUUGCCAAGAUGUAUCUUUCCGAUCGUAAGAAAUUUGAUAGCACUGCGAAAUUCUGGACGGAGUCAUAUGCCCAACCAGUGAAUGAGGACGAUGCGAUCACGAGAGUGUGCGAAAUGGGUUUUGACCGUGAUAGCGCCAAGGCGGCAUUGGAGAAACAUGGAUGGGACGAGAGUGCUGCAGUAAAUCAGCUGCUGGGAGGGUUAUAA